AUGCCUCCACGAAGGGAGCAGUUUGGAAGUCAUAAAUUAGUCCGCGGAGGGGUCGACGCGGAGCUCUGCGGAGAGAGUAAUGCCUCCGCGGAAUGGGUGGUUGGAGCGGAUUUUGAAGAGUUUUUUGAUACAAAAGUUUCUUUUUCAUAUAUAAAUAAUGGGAUUAACACCUACGUUAGACCAAAAUUAAACAACUUGGAUUUACUGCUUCCACCUAAUUUUGAUUGUCGAAUAUUGUUUGAUUUGGUGAAAAGUAAGGCUAAGGUGUUCAAUAGUAAUAUAUCAUUGUCAUUUCAACACCCGGUUCAUGGGUAUGUGAUGAAUAUUUUAGAUGAAGCAGAUGUUCAUCAACUCAGAAAUGUAAUUUCUGAAACGAAGGAGAUAGUGCAUUUGUAUUUAGAGGUGUUUCAAGGAUUGGUCGAACAGACAGAAGCGGUUGAGAAAGUUGUACCAUACAAUGUUGAAAACAUUGUAUCUGAUAAUGUUGAAGAUUGUCCAGAAGAAGAAACUGUGGCACUGAAUACGGUUGAAGAAAAAAAUUUAUAUGAGUUUGGAAGACUGACUGACAAAACUUUCUCAGACGGUGAAGAGUCAAAUGAAGGAUGGUCAGAAGAUGAGUUCACACACGGGAAAAAAGCUUCAAACAUAUUUUACGGUAUGCCUCCCAUACCUGAUUGUCCUGAUCCUAUUGUUGAACCCGGACCAUUUCACAGUUUAGGUACAAAUGAUGAUAUUUGGCAUUUGUAUGCAAAACGCCUUGAUCCCACUGAUGAAUUUGAAAUCAGGACUUUCAACAACGUGUACACAUGUUCGUCAUUACAGAUACACCCUAAUCAUAAGCAUGCUAAUAAAAAAUUCAUGGGUACUAUAUUGCAUGAGAUUAUGGGAAAAACUCGUUUCAAGGUUUGGAGGCCUAAUGAAAUAUCAAGGGAUUUGAAUGCUUUGCUGGAAAUCAACGUAGAUUACAAACAAGCUUGGCGUGCAAAACAAUAUGCUAUGGAACUGUUGUUGGGAUCCUCUAAAGAAUGUUUUGCCAAACUUCCUAUUUAUUUUCACAAUUUGAAGAGGCAUAAUCCCGGUACAGUUGCGUAUAUUCAAACAAAUUCUGAAGAUUGUUUUGAGUGUUGUUUUUAUGCCAUUGGGAGCACGGGUGCUUUUAAGGGAACCAUAUUGCAUGCAAUAGCUAUGGAUGGGAACAACCAGAUACUGCCCCUUGCGCACGGAAUAUGCAAAAAAAAAAGAGUGGUCUUACAUGGACAUGGAAACAUAGUACACAAGUUUGGGAAAAAUGAUAAAACAAAAGUGUUGUUUUGGAGGCUUGUGAAAGCUUACAAAAGAAAUGUUUUUGAAGAAUUGUGGUAUAGAUUUAGUUAUACUAGGCAGCAAGUAGCAGCGUAUCUAAGUGAAAUUCCCCGUGCUAAAUGGACUAGAGCAUAUUCGCCAUCGAAAAGUUACGAUUACAUGACCUCGAACAGUGCAGAGUCCAUGAAUGCUUUAUCUGUAGAUGCAAGGAAGAUGCCUAUAAUACCCCUUCUUGAGUUCUUCCGACGUCUUUCACAGGAAUGGAGUUACAAGCGUCGCAUCGAAGGAGUGCUAACCGAGUGGGCUGAAAAAGUAGUUAGUAAAAAUGAAGAGCGUACGACAGGAUGGUCCGUUUCUGGUGUUUCAGAUGCACUUUAUGAAGUUCAUGAUUUCAAACAUGGUGGCAUCGUUGAUCUGAGUCAAGAGACUUGUAAAUGCAAAUAUUGGGAAGGAACUGGGUUGCCUUGUGGUCAUGUGAUAAUGGUCUUGAAGCACUUGAAAAAAACUAACUUCGGACAUCUGGCUAUAGAUGCUUACAAAAUGGAAACAUACCGAAGUACAUAUGAGGAGCCGGUUUACCCCCUUCCAGAACCGUGUGAUUGGGAGAUUCCUACUGACAUGAUGGUUGUGAAACCCCCGAUAAUGGAUACACGUCAAGCUGGUAGACCGAGAAAAAGAAAUCGUAUUCCGUCACAAGGUGAGGAACCUAUAGUUAGAAGGUGUAGUAGAUGUGAUAGUACAACACAUAAUGCAACGACUUGUCCGACAUUGGUCCCAAAGAAACAAAAAAAGGCUAGAAAAACUAGUACGACAACAGGUAGUAACACAAAAGGAAAAGGGAAAGGGACAGAAGGGACUCAGGAGAUGCUAGAGACGCACGGGACACAAGAGGCGCGUUGGACGAGUGGGAUGCAGAGAGAAGAUUAUUGUUCAACGUUUGAUUUUAAUGAUUGA